AUCACAGAGACGCAGUGAGAGGGAGAAAAAACAAGAGGCAGAGGCAAGAGGACCAGCAGACUAUACAAUCAGAUCUAUGAGAGCAAGAGGGGAGCAAGAAAGACUUUCAACAAAGAAAUAGAGGACAGAGACUGAGAAAGACUGAGGGUGAGUGGAGAAUGGAGAGCUGAGAGGAGGACGGGGAGGAGCAGACGCUGUCAAAAAGAUGUGAAGAAAAGAGUGUGCAGAAUUUAUGACUCAUUCAGAGACUGGAGACAAAGUUACAGUUUGAUGGAGGAGAAAAACACACUGGACAGCUUUGCUCCGACACCUCUCCGCACUUUCCCACACAUCUAAACUGCAGCUGUGCUCAAAUCUCUACGCACGGAGUGCUGAUGACACAAUGACUGCCAUCUCCUCGGGCUCUUCCUUUCCCUUCACUCUCUCAGCCUCUGCAUCGUCUAACUCCUCUCUUCCUAUCUCUACUGCAUCCCUUCCCGUUACCAUGUCAUCCUCCUUCUCCACCACCUCUCUUUCCCCUUCCUCAUCUCUCUUCUCCACCUCCACCUCGUCCUCAAAUCAGACUUUGUGCUCGUUUGAUGACACCGCGCUCCGUCUGCCUCUGGCCUUCAUGUACUCCCUGUUCUUCAUCUUGGGGCUCGUGGGUAACCUUUUCGCUCUGUGGGUCUUUCUCUUCCUACAGUCAAGCCGUAACUCAGUGCGGGUGUUCCUCAUCAACUGUGUCGUGGCUGAUCUGGUCCUCCUGACGUGUCUGCCCUUCAGGGUUUUCUACCAUGUUAACGGAAACAAGUGGGUGCUGGGAUCUGUGGCCUGCAAGAUGGUGGGGAAUCUGUUCUACAUGAACAUGUACAUCAGUAUUAUGUUACUGGGGCUCAUCAGCUUGGACAGAUACUUGAGGUUAAAGGGGAAAGGAAAGGCCCGGAGAGGCUUGAGGAUGACUCUGUGGGGGCGCAGCCGGCCAUGGAGCUGGGUGGCAUGUGGUGUUCUGUGGGGUCUGUCACUGGUGGCUGUGGUGCCCAUGAUCUUCACAGCAGAGGACAGAGAGUUCACUGACAAAUGCUUCCAAUACAAGCAGCGCAGCAGCAUAGCCAAAGGAAAAGCGUACUUCAACGGCGUGCUGGUGUUUAUGUUCUGGCUCGUCUUCAUCAUGCUGGUCGUCUCCUAUGCAAAGAUUGCCUCCCAACUGCUGAGGGUGUCACGGGACAAGCCGGACCUUCCCAACGCGCAGAGAUAUGAGCGAACAGCCAAGAAGUCCUUCUUUGUCCUCUUUCUGUUCACCGUUUGCUUUGGGCCUUACCACGCCUUCCGCCCAGUCUACAUCUUCUCCCAGCUCAGCAGGACAGUAUCUUGUGACUACUUGCAGCUGGUGGACCGCACCAAUGAGGUGAUGCUCUUAUUCUCUGCCUUCAAUAGCUGCUUGGAUCCUGUCAUGUACUUUCUGUUAUCUGGCUCUGUGCGCAAAACCGCCCUCCAAGCGCUUGGACACCGACUUGGCAACCGUUUUCUCUUCCUAAACGACGCAACAUCCAACAGCUCGACGACAGAGUUCAGACGACCAUCUGUGCCGAUGGCAUUUCCUAACGCUCAACUUAACACCCCCUCAGUCACCCCUAGAUCAAGCAUCUGUGUCAUCAACUCCACCCUCCGCCGAACAGGACUGACCACGCUUCCAGCUACUGGUGAUCACAAGUUUGUCUGACUGCAAAUACCGAAAGCCUGUAAAGGUGUAAAACUGAGCAACAUAUUUUUUCACAUACCUAAUUUUUUGUUAAAAAAAUGCUUACUGUAUUGGCCUCUGAACACCUGUGCUGUGUGGGGAUCAUUGUUUAGAUCGUGGUUUAAUGCUUGAGUGAAUGACUGACAGUAUUGUCUAAGGAGAUGCACCUCACUGACGACUGUGACUGUAGCUUUUCUAAGGCUACAUGCCGUGUGCAUUUCCCAUCAGAGAGAGAGAGAAGUAAAUAUGUAUAAUGUUAAUAAAGGAUUGAGUCCAUCUAAUAAAUAAUGUCAAAAUGAA